UUCCCAGAUGGCAUGCCACGUUGGCAGCGUAACCUGUCUCGGUAUAAAAGGCUUCUUAUUCUUGUCCCAAAAGAACCCAAAUCUGGAAACUCAGGGAAUAAGCGAAGCAAAAGUGAGAAACUCGAAAUUUUCGGACAAAAACAAAAAUAAUUCUCAAAUUUCACUCGAAGUCGUUACCAGUCUUAUGCAGAGGCACCUGGAAACGCAGAGACUUAACCCAUCUUCGCUAUCCAUGCCGCCGCCGCCGCUAACACAGCUUAAUCGUCUUUCUCCUGAACAAGAAAGCUCCGUCAUGGUCUCCGCCCUCAGAAACGUCAUAACCGGUUCCACCCCUUCCUCUUCCAUCGACCCUGCCGUUGAUUUUCCUUUCGAUUUUGAUGUAUUCAGGCCCUCUAUUUCUACUGUUACUUCUGGGUUCAACGCUGGUGGUGCGAACGUGGUAUUUCAAGUGAGUGAACUGGUGGAUAAGUGCCACGUAUGCAAAUAUGACGGGUGUCUCGGGUGCAAUCUUUUCCUGCCAAGUCAGAAAGAAGGAAAAAAGCGCGCAACUAGUAGUAAAACUAAACGAGCAAAGAAAAACUACAGAGGAGUUAGGCAAAGGCCGUGGGGAAAAUGGGCUGCGGAGAUUCGAGAUCCAAAACGCGCCGCACGGGUCUGGCUUGGAACCUUCAACACGGCGGAGGAAGCAGCUCGGGCUUACGAUAAAGCAGCUAUCGAUUUCCGUGGACCAAGAGCCAAACUUAACUUCCCAUUUCCCGAUAGCAACAACUAUGACAAUGUAACAACACCACCAACAACAGUAUCAAUAGGAACAGCAGCAACAACAACAACAACAAUUGCUGUGGUGUCUGAUCAAGAAAAUGGUAGCUCGUUAAAUGUGCAAUCACAAGACAGUGAGAGGAAUGUGAGCAUGCAAAGGGACACGGAAAUGGGAUUCGGGACAGAGUUUUGGAAUGGAGUAGGCGAAGAUGAGAUUGAACAAUGGAUGAUGAUGAUGACAGAUUUUGAUGGGGACAAUAUUUCGUCAGAUUCUGCUACGACUACUGGGUAUGCUAAUAGUUCAUGGUCAGUUUGAUCAGGCAACAGUUAUGAAUCUGCUGUAAGCCUGCAACUUCUUUUUUUUUUUUUCUAUUUUUCCUCAUUAAUUCCAGUAAAGAACUGGAAACUAAAUCUGCUGUUGGGCAGAGGAGGUCAAUUAAAAUUACUGCAAUAGGCUCUUUCUUAUUUUAUUAGUUUCAAGAAAGAGUUCAAAGAAUUUGGAUGAUAAUUAAUUGACUGUACAAUUGUAACUUCUUGUUGAAUACUACUUCUUCUUUAGAUUAAAUUCAAUUUUCCAGAUUUGGGUCUU